UCUCUCUCUAGCUCGGGGCUUCGCUCCGCAAUGGCGCAGACGAUGGACAGCAUGCCGCCAGCGAAGAGCAGCGACGCCUCGCCGGACGACGCCGACGAGCGGGACGACUUGCCGUCGUCCGCCAAGGAAGGCGCCGUGAAGUGGAAGAAGAGGAGGAGGAGGGGGAAGAGGAAGCGCGAGGAUCGGGAUCGUCCGCCGCCGUCGCCGCCGUCGCCGUCGUCGUCGUCUCGCGAUCCUCUGGAGGUGUUCGGUGCGGACCUCAUGGUGAUGAUACUGAACAAUCUCGACGCACGCAGCGUGGCACUAUCUCUGCUCGUCUCUCGCGCGUGGCACCGCGUUGCCUCCAGCGACCGGCUCUGGAGCCGUAAGACCCGUAUCACAAAGUAUGAUCUCUGUGAUCAUGCAUGGGAGUUCCAUUUCAGUAAGGCCGCACCUGAGUAUUGGCGAAAUCUAGAUGCCUAUUGGAAAGGCACUGGCCCUCCAAUGCACCGGUACUUCCAUCUGGACGGUAGCCAAAGUGCAGAUCCUGGCGACAAGGUGUGGGGAGGCCAUGAAUGCUGUUAUUCCAUAGUCACUAGCUUCAUUGAUGAUGGGAAGAUUAGGGAACACUACGUGAGGAUUAAUCGCUGGCCCCAUAUGUCUGUCUAUAGGAAGCAGGACUGGAGCUGGGAAAUGUCAAAUGGUGUCUUCUUCUACGCCAGUGUGCCUGAUGCUGAUAAGCUCGGUGGGACUGGACCUCUGUUUCCAGUCGUGUGUGGUCUGUAGCACCCACCACUUAUAAAGCCUCUAAAAGUGGUGCAGUCUGUACAAUCCCCGUCUUUAGUUUCCUUGAGAUAUGCAAGUCUGCCCAUGCUGUCCUAGUAUUUUCAGUAGAUGCCUCGACCGUGAGGCUUAGAAAGCCUGCAUCUGCAUGUUCUUUUCUGCAGUCUGUGUUGCUUUGUACAGUGUAAAUACAAUAUGUGGCCUUAAUUUUUGUGCUUUGUAUAAAUAAGGAUGGAAGUUUU